AUUUAUAUAUCAAAUCACUUUGAAGGCGCUUCUCAAGAUCUAUAGCAGAGAAGAUUAUUUCAAGAUCUACCUCUUAUUAUCAUUCUAUCUUUCUUCUCCAAGAUCAUCCUUUAGCAAAAACCACACUUUAGUUUCAUACAAGACUAAACCCACUAAAGAUGACACAUCUUCAAAGAACAUAUCCUACAUCGAUGUCAAAAGGUAGAGCUAGCUUUCCAAAAGGCUUUCUCUUUGGAACUGCCUCUUCUUCUUACCAGUAUGAAGGAGCAGUCACAGAAGGUGAGAGAGGUGAAAGCAUGUGGGAUCAUUUUUCCAACAGGUUUCCUCACAGGAUCAGUGACCAUAGUCAUGGAAACGUCGCCGUUGAUUUCUUCCAUCGUUACAAGGAAGACAUCAAGAGGAUGAAAGAUAUAAACAUGGAUUCUUUUAGGCUCUCCAUUGCUUGGCCAAGAGUUUUACCUUAUGGCAAAAGGGAGAGAGGAGUUAGUGAAGAAGGGAUUAAGUUUUACAAUGAUGUUAUAGAUGAACUCCUAGCCAAUGAAAUCACUCCUCUUGUUACCAUCUUUCAUUGGGACACUCCUCAGGAUCUUGAAGAUGAAUAUGGUGGUUUUCUAAGCGAGCAGAUUAUAGAUGACUUUAGAGACUAUGCAAGUCUCUGCUUUGAGAGAUUUGGGGAUAGGGUGAGUCUGUGGUGCACAUUGAAUGAGCCAUGGGUGUACAGUGUUGCGGGUUAUGACACAGGGAGAAAAGCGCCAGGACGAUGCUCGAAGUAUGUAAAUGGAGCUAGUGUUGCUGGAAUGUCGGGAUACGAAGCGUACAUCGUGAGCCAUAACUUGCUUCUAGCGCACGCAGAAGCAGUGCAAGUGUUUAGAAAAUGUGACCAUAUUAAAAAUGGACAAAUAGGAAUUGCGCAUAACCCGCUCUGGUAUGAGCCUUAUGAUCCGAGCGAUCCAGAUGAUGUAGAAGGAUGUAACCGAGCUAUGGACUUCAUGAUUGGUUGGCAUCAUCAUCCAACAGUGUAUGGAGACUAUCCAGACACGAUGAAGAAAUCUGUUGGAGAUCGUUUACCAAGUUUCACACCAGAACAAUCCAAGAAGCUCAUAGGCUCUUGUGAUUACGUUGGUAUCAACUAUUACAGCUCGCUUUUCGUGAAGAGUAUCAAAUACGUGGAUCCUACGCAACCUACUUGGAGAACUGAUCAAGGCGUAGAUUGGAUGAAAACCAACAUAGAUGGGAAACAAAUAGCGAAACAAGGAGGAUCAGAGUGGAGUUUUACAUAUCCAACAGGACUCAGAAACGUUUUGAAGUAUAUGAAGAAAAACUAUGAAAAUCCUCGCAUUCUCAUUACCGAGAAUGGUUAUGGUGAAGUAGCUGAGCAGAGUCAGAGUCUGUUUAUGUACAAUCCUUCUAUCGACACAGAGAGAUUGGAGUACAUAGAAGGACACAUACACGCCAUUCAUCAAGCUAUACACGAAGAUGGAGUUAGAGUGGAAGGUUAUUACGUAUGGUCAUUGCUUGAUAAUUUCGAGUGGAACAGUGGAUAUGGUGUGAGAUACGGUUUGUAUUACAUUGAUUACAAAGAUGGGCUUAGACGAUACCCUAAAAUGUCGGCAUUGUGGUUGAAAGAGUUCUUGAAGUUUAAUCAAGAAGACGAGUCUUCUUCUUCUUCGGAGUCUAAGAAGGAAGAGAAGAAGGAGAGCUAUGGCAAACAGCUACUGCAUUCUGUUCAAGACAGUGGUGCGUUACCAGCGGUUUUGGGGAGCUUGUUCGUGGUCACUGCAACUGUUGGUACUUCUCUGUUCUUCAAGGGAUCCAAUAAUUGAAACUGAGUGUUGAAAAAUCUAAAGACGGUUGCAAAUUGUUGAAGAUGAUGAAUAUGCUAUGAUUUGUAAACAUUCUUUGUGCUUGUUCAAUGUUAUAUGAACUUGUUUGAUCUAUAAGGGAUUUUAUCAUUUUUCUAAAUAAAUACUUUUCUUAAAA